CAGGUAGUUCUACCUGUUUUGUUUGUGGGCAGAUCAGUUUUGUGACUUUAGUUGAGGUGGAAGACCCAGUCUUCGUACUCUUGUAUGUUUUGGCUUUAAAAGUCUUUGGUAACAAUAUAGACUUCUUCUUUUGUGUUUUAAGUGCUUUGAAUUUUAUUGGAUUAUUAUUAACUUUUUUUAAUAUUUUUUUUGUUCGCUACUAUAAUGGAAUUUGAAAAUAUAAAUGUGAGAGUUAAAGGCAAACGGCUUUCCCGUAUUCCAGUCUACCAACACAGGAAUAAAAAGGUGUUGGUCAAUAAUUUCAAGGAAAAAUGUCUGAAUGAGACAAAAAUAGUCGAACACUUGAAAAAAGAGACAAACUCUGUUAAAACAGUUAGUGUUGGAGACACUUCAAACUUGGCAAUGUUGACCCCAAAGAGGCUUAAAUUGGGCGAAGAUGAGACUUUGGAAGUAAAUUUGUCCUUUGGAACAAAUGGGGGUGGUUAUUUGGAUACGGGGCAAUUAAGGGGAGCUUUGGAGGGAUGCGAAGUAGAGGUCAUUAUCGAGGCACCCACGGACUUUGGGGGCCCCGAAACAGACAUGGAAUCCCCCAUUAAUCAGCCUUGCGAAACAAUAACAAAGAAGUCAUCCACCCCGAAGGUACCACCGGAAGCUGCCACCCAACAGGAAAAAAACCCAUCCGACUCUUUUGCUCGCGUCUCGGUAGUACCGAGCGGUACCGACUCGGUACCACCACCACCUUCGCAGCGAUUCGAACGCGAUUUCUCGGCAUCAGUAGUAGUACCACCGACUCUGAACGGAGCAGUGCCGUACGUUCGCGACGCGUUACCAAAUGAACCGUGCGUUGUUUUGGACAUAAGUACAAGUGAACGUGUGGGUGGUACCCAAGUACCCAGUGACGUAGUUCGGUGCCAAAACAUGCAGCUGGAUGGCGUUUGCAUGGACCUCGGCGACGAUGGUACCAAAGUAAUGGACAGCCACUCCAGCAUCAACAUGGCCACAACAGACCACCCUCAACAACCACCGGCAGAAGCCGGCUCCAAAGACGUGGAAGACACCUCCAGCACCAGCACCCCCUUGCAGCAAUCAGCUGUGCCGCCCGCUCCGCCCCCCCGCCCCCCUUCGCCGCCCCCCUUAGCCGCCCCCGCCGCCAUCGAUCCGGAGGCAGGGUGCGCAAACGGCGGCGGCGGCGGCAGUCCACCGCCAGAAUUCGCGAGAGAGCAGUGCUACGUGGACCGCGAGAGGCAACAUGACGCGCAGCAGCAGCAGCAUCUCGUGUGGAGGUUUCACAACGGCAGGUUAGUGUUUCACACGGUGGCGGACGGCAAAAGUGAAAGUGAAGUUGCGGCGGAAGUAAGCGAGGACAACUCCGAAUUGAACUCCCUCGAUUCGGGGACUUUGAUACUGACCAGCAAGGAUAUAAACAAGCGUGUGGACGAGAACAGAUCGCGAUUGAAGUUGAUCGAGGAGAAGCUCAAGCAGGCCGGGAUAACGGACACCUACGACGACAACCACAACAAGUUGACGAAGGAGAACCUCAAGUUGCAGGAUGAAGUGUUCAGAAACUCGUUCUGUCAAUUUGACGCCACGCAAAUCCACCAUCAAGUAGACGCGACGUUCGACAAACAGUAUGUGGAAGUAUACGACGAGUUCGACUCUUCAUCGUCCACGGAGGAGUACUACAUGAUGCGCGACCAAAACACCAACAUGACGACAAACCACCCCAAACACAACCUCGACAAGGACAACCUCAAGUCCCUGCUGAAGAAGCCGGGCAAGAGCAAACACAAAAAGAACCGCGUGGUCUUCAACGAGACCAACAACGAGUUUUUUGAUGCAGACUACAUCAUCCUGAUCAGGGAGGAGUGCGAUUUCGAUGAAGAUGACGACGACAGCGUGUGCACGUGCAACCAGCACGAGAUGGUGCGGUUGCAGUGCUGCGAGCCGAACUGCACUUGCUACGAGCAGAACCCUCAGAGCCCCAAGUUCGCGCCUCCCAUGGAGUUCGUCGACGCGGUCACCUUGAGCCCUCCGGAGGGCUACAAGGACAUGGAGCUGGGCGAACAGCAACUUCUAGCGUUGCAGCAGAUGGCCAGAAGAGGCCAGAGGGCCCCCGUGUGCCGGGAAUGCAGAGAGUGCUCCCACGACGACGAAGACGACGACGACGGAGAAGGUUCGCAAUCGGACACCGACGUCGGCGUCUAUAGAACCGCCGCCUCCGUUAAGGAGACGGCGUCUCCGACCUGCGAAGACCAGGAGGAGAAAGAAAAGACUGACCAAAGCCAACAGACCACUCCUACCACCCCUCCCAACGACCCUCAAGAUACUCAACAACGCAACUACAUCCUGGAAACCAUCUCGAUGACGACAACAACCGAGCAAAGAAUGCUCCGUGAAGUUCAGCAGCAAGAGGAGGAAACAAGAAGAAAAACCCCCAGUCCGCUUCCGAACCCUGGAUCGCCCAUCAGCGGCAUUCUAAAAGGCGGACGCCUCUGGAAACAGCAAAGCCUCGACAUGCAGAAUGCGGAAGUCAAAGAACAAAUACCCGACUCGGAUGAUGAAGCGGGCAACAAAAGAUCCGUGCGGUUCAUAGAGAGCAAUGAAGAUAAAAGGGACAGUUGCGAUGGUGCGUCGGAUAACACGCAGGACAUCGACGAGGUCGACAACAAGGUUAACCCCUCGAAGGAAGAGUUGAAACCUGCCGAUGUAGACACCUCUGUGUCGCCUGAGAGCACCGAGAUGACUUUGACGUUCAAACUCGGCAACCACGUCUUGAUAUCGAACAACAGCCUCAAGCCAAACUCAGCUGUACGUCAGCUCUUCCCCUGCACAAAACCUGCGGUGAAACCUCCCGCAGAAGAAGAAAACGUGCACCAAUACUUGGUGACGGCAGAAUCUCUGAGAGCGUUCGAAGAAGCAAAACGAAGCAAGCUUCCGCAGCUGAUUCAAAGCGGCGAAACGGACGACUCGAUUAAGAGAGCCAUAGAAAGGAACACUCUUCGAAGAUCGUUGAUAAGAUACGAACCGAAGAAUCGCAGGAAAACCGAUAACUCUUUGGUGGAGAGGAUAAAGCAGCUCACUUGCGAUGUAGAUGAAGAUACCACCGUUAGAGUGUCACCUCCGGGGGAAGAAUCUCGUAACUCCCCGGAAGUGAACAACCUUAUAAAGGCGAACAGUGAUGUUAAGAGUUUUUCGCCUUCUUCUUCCUCCACGACGAGUUCUAAUAGCUCCAGCGUGUCUUCUACGUACAAGAAGAUCACCGAUUUGUUCGGCAAAAGGCAGGAGAGAGUGCCCGACGUGCAGAACAAUUUCGGUGGGGGUCUGCCGGAUUUGGGGGGCCCCAACCAAGAGUUUAACUCUAGCAACGACUCCAGAAGGUUUUUGGCGCCCUUAACGGCCUGCGUUAGCGCCAUUAAUAACCCCGAGGAGUAUUACUACCAAGUGGGUGAAAGGUCUUCCAUGGCGAGCUCUCUAGGUACAGAGUACAGCCUUGAAGACAUCGAUGAAGGUCUCAACGACGGCAAUAAAGGCAACGCUCCGGAUGUUCUGGCUGGAACGCCAUCUGCCAGCGAAUCCGGUGAUGAGUUGGCGUUAUUCGUGCAACAAGACGCCAGUAGAAUAGAGAGAAUAAAAAAGAAGUACCAACCGGAGGAGAAAAAAGUGGACGAUGAGGAUGAUGAACACGACGACUACGGUUUCAACCGUCGCCCAAGUGUGCGCGGUAUAAAACCGCGCUUUGGAAGCACCACCGAGAUAUUGCAGCAAAUACAAAACCAACUGCAACCGCCUCUACCAACGCGCGUAAACUGGCCGUACUACUCUGAAAGCGGCCUGGAUAACAAGCGGAACACAAACUUGGGAGCCGCGUACAGACCUACAAGUCUCCCCGACGAGAACUUGUAUCAAAACAGAUGCGUGUACAGGGGGAAUGUUAACUCCACCGUGAGAAGUGGUUGCAACGAGUACUACCAAAGUCUGCCGCGGUCGAGGAGCAAUUCGGGGGGUAGGCCCCAAUCGCCGCCCCCCUUGGAGGUCAGCAAGUACCAGCAGACGAUGGUGUACAUCCCUUACAACCACCUGGAGGGUUUGCAACCGCCCAAUCCGUACUAUCCCCAGCAAACCGACUACGCCAGGGUGUCCAAUCAAAACCAAAUAAAUAAAAGAUAUAUCGAGCCGAUAUAUCAGCAAAGAAUCCAUCCGCAAGCGCUUCCACCCGAUUAUAACCCGAACAUGGCCCAUCAGCAAGUCAUGAAAGGGGUGGUUAGGAUGCCUUACGUUAACGGUCAGCCCGUUCCGCAUAAUAUGAUGGGGUCGAGGAGCGAGAGUCCGCUGCCCGGGCAGUUUUCCACCGCCAGGGCCACGCAGACACCGCAGGCGAGUGUCGCAACUUGUAAUUAUUACCCAGCCAAUCCGAGAUACAGACCGAUGGUGGGCCCCGCGUACCCCUCCGAAGCCGUCUACGUAUCGAAAAUAAACCGCCACAGCUUCCCGUCGGCGGCGGGCCCUCGCUACCCCCCCCGCCGACAGCGUCUCCCUAACCGAAUCGGACAGCGUGCACAGCGGCCAGAUGCCGCCCCCCAUGCUCCCCAACGGCUACCCCAACCUGAACAACAAGGACACCUCCCCCACCAAGUCGCGCUUCAUCGAGAGGGGCGUGCCCGAAGGGGCGGCCAGCAUCUCCCCCCAGGACUCCACCGCCCAGAGCGGCAGCACCAUGACGUCCCCCACUUCCCCCCAUCAGCCCCCCGGCGCCCAGUUUUACGCCAUGAAUGUCUGAGGUACUGUCGGUUGUUGUUGAAUUUUUGAAUCCGUGAUUCGGGUAAGUAAGUUCCAUGAUUCUUUGGGAUUUGUAAGAAGAUUUGGGCUCAUUUAGGAUUUUGUAAGAAUUUUAAAAAUCCUUGUAAGAGUUAUACAAUUUUUUUGAAAUUCCUUGCGAUUUUGAGGAUUAUGAAUUUCUCUAGGAUUUGUAAGAUUGUUCGGGCUUACUUAGGAUUUUGUAAGAAUUUAAAAAAUCCUUGUAAGAGAUACAAUUUUUUCAAAAUUCCUUGCGAUUUUGAGGAUUAUGAAUUUCUCCAAGAUUUGUAAGAUUGUUCGGGCUUACUUAGGAUUUUGUAAGAAUAUUAAAAAUCCUUGUAAGAGUUUUUGAAAUUUCGUAUUUCACCAAGCUCUUCUUUAAAACGAUACUGAAGUAAGACGAGCUAAACGAAGGAACCCGUAGGUUAUACUAACCACUGAACUUGGCAGAAAAAAUGUUUAUAGUGUUUUUAACCACCCAUAUUGCUUUCAGGAACUCCAUUCAGCCAUCCUCAAGCCAACCUUAACAGUAUUAAAUAAAUAACUUUUGAGCUUGAAGGUGCUGAAAGGCGUUCCACUUGAAUCAAUGUGUAGCAUUUCAUCGUCUCUUCGGUAAUAAUAAUUAUUACCGGUCGAGCAUGUUAGAGAAAAUGUUUUUUUAACGUAUAUUCAUCAGGUUGUAUAGGUACUUAGUCAUUGUUGCCAAAAAAUAUGAGAUUCCAUAUACCAAAGUAUUAUAAAUAGUUAGGUAAGUGUCACUGACCAAAAAUAUCGUCUGUUCAAUUGAAAAUAAUUACAUUAACUGUGUUAAUGAAAUAUCCCAUAAUCAAGAUUCUGUAAGAUAAAUUGGACUUGUUGCUAGUUUUUCAACAUAUCGCCAAAGGAUAGAAUAACUUAUACAUAAUAGUUACAAUAAUUGUAGAUUUGUAUAUUUCUCUUAGAACUAGUCAAUGAGUUGACUUGAAUUAUUUUUGAUUGAAACGAUGUAAAAAAUUAUUGUUUUGUAAGGCUACCCUCGACAUUGUGAUUCCCCCAAAAUGACAAGGUUGCUUUAAUUAUAAAUUGAUUGUAGCGAAAGAAAAAGUAUUUAUUUGAGUCGUACCUAAUAUUAAGAAAUAAAAAAGAAAUAUUUAUUUAUUAAAAAUAAAGUGAGAUAAUAUUAAAUUUCUAGAAGCGGUCUAACUUAAUUUUUGUAAUUAUAGUGUAGAAUAAAUGUUGCUCAUAUAAUGAUGAAAUUGAUGAAAUCAAAUUUGGAAUUGGUUGUUUUGUAAAUUUACUAGAUGAAAAAUCAUGUUGAUUUGUUGAGUUUUGUUUAUGAGUUUUCUAAUGUUUUAUACAACAUAUAGACAUAUUUACAUAUUGUUUACAAAUUAUUUAUAUUACCUUAAAGAUUGUAAUGAA